AGAUGAUAAUGAUGAUCUGUGGAAGUAACCGUACCUGGAAAUUAACACUUCUCAAUCUCCACUGACCUCCACGUGGCGUCUCUGAACUGUGUGUUGUCAGCCUAUAAAACUCAAACCACUCAGAUUCUCCAUCAUUUCUACUCUCUCUCUCUCUCUCUCUCUUUGCUUCUUCUUCUCCAUCAUGCACGCGUAGCUUCAGCUUUAUAGCUUUUGGUUUUUGAUUCUGCACUGCAUUUUAUCGCUAAUCCAAAGAGGAGAACUUAAGUUGACAUGGAGGGAGACAAGGGAGUGGUAAUGAAGGAAAAUAAAGAACACCCCACAAAUCUUUUGGAGAGGUUUUCACCUGACAAAGAAAAUCCAAAGCAAAGCCAACAGUCAAAUUCAGAAUCUCUUCAUGAACCAGACCUCAAUCUUCAACUCUCUUUGGGAAUUAACUUCGAGGGUGAGAACUCGCUAACAAGGUCGUCUUCAAUGACUGGAUUCAUGACUCAGAGAAAGGACUCUAGGGAAGGUGAAAGAAGAGUUUUUUCAUUGGAGAGGUCUUGUUCUCUGCCGGCUGAAAGAGAGCAACAGCAGAGGCUUAUAAAUAUGAGGGAGUUGCAGGCAAUGAGGAGAAUUCAGGCGAAGAACAGGCUUCUGGAGAGGCAGAGGAUAAGCAGGGAAAAUAAAGAGAAAGAAAAGUCUAAAGCUUCCCUGCAGGAGCCAAUGCUCCCUUUGCCUCCAGCUGAAAUGGCUACUUGGGCCGCGGCUUCGCCGGCAAAGAGCCCCCCUCUAUAUCAAGCCAUUGUUAACGUCAACCCACAAGGAGAGUUAGCAGCUCAGAGCCAAAAGGGAAUGUAUUUCCCACUUCCGUCCCCGGCACCUGCUUCUCUUCAUGGACCGGAAGGUUCAGCCGCGCCUAAGCAACCAAAACUGCACAAAUAUCAUAGAGGACUGGAAGGUUCAGCAGCAUCUAAGCAACCAAAACUGCACAAAUAUCAUACAGGACUGGAAGGUUCAGCCGCCCAUAACCAACCAAAACUGCACAAAUAUCAUAUAGGAACGGAGGGUUCAGCUGCGCCUAAUCAACCUAGUAGGUUCCAUCUGUCCUCAGAUCCAAGGAACAUAGAGCCUAACCAACCUAGCAAGUUCCACCUGUCGUCGGAUCCAAGGAACAUAGAACCUAACCAACCUAGAAGGUUCCACCCGCCAUCGGAUCCAACGAACAUAGAACCUAACCAACCAAGCAGGUUCUGCCCGCCGUUGGAUCCAAAGAACAUAGAACCUAACCAACCUAGCAGGUUCCGACCGCCAUCGGAUCCAAGGAACAUAGAACCUGUGAUCUCUCCAGGGGCAACCUCAAAUAGAAUGUUAGUCCGGCCAGCUGAAACCAAGCCAGAGAGUCCAUGCAAGAGGCCUAGAAUCACAGGCGCAAACUUCGAAGACAAUGGGAUAGAUGUGAUGAGACAGAUGCCCAGUGUAACUACAACUGGAGAUGGCCCCAAUGGGAAGAGAAUUGAAGGAUUUCUAUACACAUAUACAAAAGGUCAUGUAAGUAUAGUGUGUGUAUGCCAUGGCAGCUUUCUCUCGCCGGCAGAGUUCGUGAAGCACGCCGGUGGCAAGGACGUGCCGAACCCCAUGAAGCACAUCACCGUCUAUUCUGCCCUUUCAGGUUAAGGUCAGCAGUGGCGGCUUUGUCGCCCGUUUUAGGACCUAAACCAAGCAGGAACUGAUACUUUUCUCAGUCACCUUUGUUUUUUCUUUUAAUCUAGAUAAAAGAAAACUUCCUUCUCAAAAGGGAAAUGUGCUUUUAUUUUGCUUUAUAGAACUCCUGAAAGAACCAUAAUUGGAUGGAUCAAUGCAUAGUUUUGUUUC